AUGGACGAUCCAUGGGGCUCACCAUGGGCCGCAACAGAUCCAGACAGAGACUUGAAGCCGGGCUCGCCCGCCAAGUCCGACAUUGCUCCUCCACCACGCGCCUUCCUCUCCGCGUCGAGCUCUCCUCGCAUUCCCGCCGUUUCAGAACAAUCUCCUUGGGGAGGUGACGAUAAUGGAUCUGGGGAAUGGACAGCCGCGGCAGAGACGCCAGCGCACUCGAUAUGGGCCGGAGGUUGGGGGGGGUUCGAAUCCGAACCUACUGGCACCCCCCACGAGACGACCUGCUCAACAAAAUUAGUCCGAUCGCAUUGCCGGGGAACAUCGCUACUCCAAAGCCAGCCAAUGGCUCUGUGUUUCACAAUUAUUGCCGGACCCGUGGGGCAGUGGUUCUUUUUGGAAGACCUUGGUUUGAAUUUGCCUCCACCCCGCGUUUGUUACCAAAUCCGCCUCCCCAAUCGACAUGCCUAUUAUUUCCUUGGGGCGUUGGGGAUCGAACAUCAGGUUGCUACCACACCUGUGGCGGCCCCGGGUAGUGAUGUGCGGUUGAGCGUUGAGUCGACCACGCCCAAUCGCGGGUACCAGUCCCCCACGCCGUCCAAUGACAACACCGAUCACGAAGACGAACGACAGGACUCGCCGAUUACGUCCAUUGACGAGGAGCCAAGGGGUCUGUCAGCGGCUUCGCGAAAAGCAUCUGUAAAAGGGCAAGAGCUUGUCGUCAAGUUUGAUGGCAUUGCGAGGGCAGCGAGCGAAGAACGUGGCCUCGUUAUCGUGCCCACCAACACCAGCUCCUCCGCCGCACAGAAAGGAGAUGGUUUAAGUGACGCCGCCGAUUUCGGAAAGUUCGAGGAUGUCAACGCAGACGGACCGUCUCCCCCGUCGCCCUCCAUACCGAAAGUUGAACCGACCGCUGAAGAGCCAACUUCAGCUGACGCACCUGAACCGCUGUCGCCCUCAUUGUCCGAUAAUUUUUCCUCGGGUCCCUCAGCGAUUUCCCAAUUUGGACCCAUCCAUUUUGGUGUGGAUUUUGGCUUGGUCGCCAAGUUGUUCAAUACCCCUGUGGGAGCCGCUUCCGAUCACGAUGUGGAUCACGAAGUGCCAGAUCAUUUUAUUGAAGAUAGUUUCACCACGAUUUCGGAGCGAAAAACUUGGUAUCGCAUUUCCCGGUUGGGGUCCUCGCGGAGGCAUAAUGCCGGAGACGACGACAGCUACAGGAGGGUCGCCUGGGGAACAUCUGUGGUUCACGACGACACCAUCAAGAUCGUCCGCCGGUGGAUGGAAGAAGACUCCAUUGCUGGACGUGUGGCUCUCGGGGGUGGGAUAUCUAAAACUCAGAAGAACAUGUUUGGUUGGGAUUCAUCUGUCGAGCCGGUCACCCUGGAUGAUGUGUUUAGAAAGAAGAGCCCACACUCUAGGGCUUUUUCGGUCCAGCAGCCCCCCCGAGCAGCCGGUCUUUCUCUGCACCUCGCGGAUGGGCCGUCGAAAAGGGCGCCACAACGACCGGCACACCACGCUUCAAAUAGUGCCGGACCAGGUGUACCUUCAUUCGGUUGGAACACAACCUCACCAACAACCACUACCCACACGCGUUCCAUCAGCGUGAUGUCUGUCCCACCCACUACGAAUCUCGCAGGCCCAACAGCCCAAAUCCACCCCGCCGCUCAAGGGGCCUGGGUCCCCGAUGUUGCCGCCGCCGCCGAUAACGACGACGAGGAUGACGAUGAAUGGGGCGAGAUGGUGUCUUCACCUGUUGCUGCCUCUCAACCCCAACCUAUACCAGUCCGCUCAGUAACCCAUAUACCUGCCGGCGGAUCCACCCCGGCUGCAUCCGUACCCCAGCAUACCAAAAUUGUUAAUCACACGCCCGCCGCCAAGGACACGACACAAAACCCCUUGGACAAAGCUGACGUCUCGGCCUUUGAGUCAACUCUCGCCAAGUCGGGGCCCCAAGUUCAAGCAUUAGACACUAUACCGGAACUCGUGGACCAUUCAACUCCUGGUCCUACUUCGGAUAACUCCGCGUCUGCUCGCCUGAUGGCGACGACUACAAACAACCCCCCAGUAUCCUCAACAUCCAUCACGACACAGCUGCCCCCAACCAGCGAUCCGCAACAUGAGCAUGAGAAAACGGCACAAUGGAUCAUUGCCAAUCUCCCUGAUCUCUCGUACAUGCUACGUUAA